AACCAAAAGAGUCUUGACGAAUUGACGGUCAAGGUCUCGAAAAUAAAUUUCCGAGUCGCCCAAAAUAAGGUAUGAUUCGUGAUCAGCAAACAUUUUUUUGAUCAGAAGAGGAACUGAAGGUUGGUAAAGAAUUCUAUACGGUUGAAAUGAAUGACACAGGCAAUUUGAAGAACCAAAGUGGCCUGCUACCUUUGCAGGCAAAGAUCGCUUUAGCGACGUGGUUGGGUGUUGCAGGGCUAGUGACAAUAAUUGGAAAUGGAAUUGUCUUGUGGUUGAUUUUCAGAAAAAGAUCCCUAAGAACAAUGUCCAACCUGUUUCUGACCUCGUUGGCUGCAGCGGACCUUUUAGUAGGACUUGUCAUAGAUCCAGUGUGGUUACUAAUAAGAUGUUUGGGUUAUAAUCCUAAAACCUACUUCGACACCUUCAGUAAGGGUAUGGAUUUCCUGUGGAUCCACACCACUGUGGCCACAUCAUUUAACUUAUGCUGUGUUAGCCUGGACAGAUAUAUAGCUAUCAUUCAUCCUCUGCGCUACCAAGAUUUUCUCACCGAGAGAAGAUGUUAUUUACUCAUAGCUAAUGUAUGGUUUAUGUCUCUUGUGUUACCCUGCUCAAGGUUGAUGGUUCAGGAUAAAACAGUUUUAUCAACAUUAUAUCUGUCUUUUACAGUUAUAACAAUUUUAUUUGCAAUGUUCAUUAUCGUGUUCUGCUGUCUUCGAAUUUUAAAAGCCGCUUCAGCACAUUACAAUGGCAUAAAACCGACGAGCAGCUGUGCGCAGAACCAAGACAGUUUUAAAAGAACCAAGAAGAACUUCAAGGCCGCUAAAACAGUGAGUUUCAUUGUGGGGCUGUUUGUGGUUUCCUGGUUGCCAAGUCUUAUCACUGGUUUGGUGUACCACUUCAGCAAAAAAGUUUCUUUCGAAUCCGUUUACUACACGGUGUGGACAUCUGUUGAAACAGUGGCGUUUACUUCAUCGGCAAUUAACCCAUGGGUGUACUGUUUGCGAAACGACGAGUUCUAUGAAGCAUUAUCACGAACAUUUCGAUUUCCUAAAUUUGGUAAUUUGGACAAAGAGAGAGACCGCACGGAGAGGGCUCUGACUAUAUAAAGGCAAAGAGUACAAUAAAUUUUUUGCUACGAUGGAAUCUUUCCCCUUGGAGACUCGCAAUUAUUUUACUCAAGUUUAGGACACAGCUUUUGACUUUAUCUUUAUUUUGUUGUCAAAAGUCGAAAAGCUUGUCGCUGACAAAUAAAUAGAAAUUUCCUUAACCCUCAGGCCUACGAAAAGUUAUUAACUUAUCAGUUAUUCUAAGCAAAACGAACUUAUUUAGUAUUGGGGUAGAAUUGACCUCUGCUUAAUUAGGGACUUAGAAAAAUGUAAAAAUGUAAAUAGAAUAAGAAAGAUGGUAAGUUUAGGGCUCGGUAAAGAAAUCGUCUUGCCACGAGCAUAGAACAAAGAAAAAGUUCUAAGUUCCAAGGAGGAAUGGAACUUUAGACCUUCGAACUCCGCGCUCCAUUGCUCUACCACUGCGCCACGGAGUCUCUGUAUGAUGAGCAGAAUUUUACGAAUUUCAUUUAUAACACGCGUCCUGCACACUGCUAGGAUCGGCAAUGUCGAUAGCGUCAUGUUUUGUACAUAAAAUAACAAUUUUUAUCGAUAGAAAUCCUGAACGACUAAAAAGAGGAGCACUGUGAGAUGUAUAAUCGGAA